AGAAUGGAUGUUCGUGGAAACGUGACGGGAUGUAAAUGCAACAAUCCUUGCAGUGAAAAUCAGUACAUCAAGACAAUUCAUACUAGUAGGUGGCCAGCUAAAAGCUAUGAAGUUUUACUUGACAAAAUAUUAAAAAGAAAAGGACUCUCACUUUCAAAUACAAGUGAUAGUUUGUUGCAAGUCAACAUAUACUUUUCGUCGUUAUAUGAGGAAGUUACAGAAGAAACACUAUCUUUCACGUUUGAGAACUUUCUGUCGAAUAUCGGAGGACUUCUUGGUCUAUGGAUAGGAAUGUCCGCCAUUAGCAUUGGCGAAUUGCUAGAACUGUGUUUCUUUCUCUUGAGAAGUAUGACGAGACGUAACAGAGUUGUAGAGAACCAAACUGGUGUGAGCUUAAAUGAAAUUGGAGAAACCACUGACCAAAAUAUCACACAAUCUGUUCAUAUUGAUAUGUCAAUCAUCGACGAAAUGGAGAGUGGUCUAUAAAAACGACUAAUUCGUCUAGAGAAAAAAAACAGGGACCUACCAUUGACUGAUAGGAUGCAUAUAUUAUUAAUCUAUGUAAAAGUAUUUUUAUAUUAGUAAGCCUUGAA